CAACAGCGAGCCGGAAGUCGCUGUUCAGGGGCCGAUGAGCGCGCGGCGCUGAGAGAGCGGCUUCCCUCGGCCAACCCGGGGCGCAGGACUCCUGGCGCGCCUCCUCCCUCGCCACAGCCAAUCCGCUUCCGGCAGCCGUUGCGUCACUUCCGCCGCCGGGAAGAUGGCUCAGAGGCUCAUGCUGAGGAAAGUUCUAUCCGUCACCCUCCAAAAGCUCUCUGUGCCGCCUGUGUUGAUCCUUUCCAGGGUGUCAGGAGCACCAUGCUACCCUAGAUCACUUGUCCCUCUUACCCAGGUCACUAUGCCUGCUUCCCUUAGAACGUUUUCUACUACACCUGUCUGCAGGGUCACAUUUAACAUCCAGGAUGGGGCUGACUUCCAGGACAGAGUUAUGAACAGCCAGAAGCCGGUGGUGGUAGACUUUCAUGCUCAGUGGUGCGGCCCCUGCAAGAUCCUGGGCCCCAGGUUAGAGAAGAUGGUGGCCAAGCAGCAGGGGAAGGUGCUGAUGGCGAAAGUGGACAUUGAUGAUCACACAGAUCUGGCUAUUGAAUAUGAGGUCUCAGCUGUGCCUACUGUUCUGGCUGUGAAAAAUGGAGACGUUGUGGAUAAGUUUGUGGGAAUAAAGGAUGAGGAUCAGCUGGAGGCCUUCCUUAAGAAACUCAUUGGAGCCUGAGCACCAGAGGAAAACUGUGAAACCCUGCACCUAGGCCUCUGGAUUUGGCCAUGUUGCGCGUUCUCUUGCUGAGGCAGCCAUGAUGCAAAACUGAACUGCCUUGUAGAGCCUGUGCCCUUUUUGGUGUCCAUGUGUGGCCCACCUUCUCCUCUGGGGCAACAGUAGUCCUGAGCAAUUGUGAGGGAUGGUGAGAGGUAAGGCCUCUCAUCCUCCAAGUUGGGGGAAGAGAAGCUUGAAUUGCGUUUCCAUCUGCCAUCAAAGACUAGCAGUGGGGGUGGGGGACAAUUGCUAAAUUUUGAACUUUCUGUCCUAGCCAGACCCAGAGCAGUAGAUGGUUGCUCUCUGCAGGAUGUGGACACAUAUUUUCUCUGGGUGGGUUUGUUAAAAUUGGGGAUUGCAUUGCUUGGCCAUACAAUACCUGCAUCUUUGUCCCUCAUGAAUCUCUGUGGCUCUUUGAACCCAUGCCACACUGUCCCUUGCUGCUGAUUUAUGAAGAGAAAAAUUUUGGUAGGUCUAUAAUAAAGAGAACUUGAUUAAUCA